GUGUACUUAUCUGCAUAUUGGAUGCUUAAACCUGGUUAAGAUGCGUCUAUAUCGUGUACAGUAAUCAUGAUUGAAUAUUACUACGUCAGCUCUCAUCUCAGGGGUUUUGACCUAAGGCUCGAUCACUCCUGUUUGUUCACUUUCCUGACCACUACCAUGAAAUCCCACACCGUAUCUCAUGAGUCUGGAGCCGCUGAACAGGACAAACCGAAGUUAUCCCCCAACUUCGGGCUGGGUUCCAAACUGCAUUCUUACGACCAAUGUGCUUGGGUGGACUGUAUGAAUCAACGGACUGCGCAGGACACUCGCUUGCCCCUCUGUUCCGGGUGUAGAUGUGCACGGUACUGUUCGCUGGAACAUCAGCGAAAUGACUGGGAGAAUCACAAACCAGACUGCAAGAGACAUCAGGAAGCAAUAUCUCUUCUCAGUUCUUUGCCGAAUGCAGACCAGAAGGGUACUAAAGAUUUAUAUCCCCUUCUUACGUCUUGGAUACACAAACACAUGCCGACACUCUCGGACGCUUUGGUUUCAUCUUUGGACCUUCCAAGUCAUCCUCAGCGUCAGCGUGAUUGGGGUCUGCAUCUCAGUGUUCGGUAUAGAGCUGGACAGCCGGCUCCGCUGGCCUUCGAGAUCGAAAGAGUCAUGGAGUGUAAUUUGGACUUCAUGCGCCGAAGAUUCGAAGGUUAUGAAGAACUCCUAAACAAACGCAGACAAUACGAAGAACGAUCGUUGCAGACAGACUGGUGGAGUUAUGGGGCAGGAGUGGUAUUCUUGAAUGUCUUUCUGCCUGGGGAACGCCGCCCAAUUAUAACCAGAAUGCUUCCCAUCACGUUUUCAAAUUCACAGGCGAACUCUGUUCCCUCCAUUUCGUGGAGAGAAGAGUUGUUCAUGAAGAUAAACUUGGGCAUUGUCGAGAAGUGGCAGCCGGUAGAAGAGUAAGGCGAUGCUUCUUGUCUGAAUGCACACAGCAGUUUGUAUUCCUUUCCGGACUUCUUAUUCGUUCGUUCGCGACAUAGGUUUUGUAAUUGUAAUAUAUCCAGACCAGCUUAUCGGAACCAAAAAUCACAUUAGUGACUCAGACAC